UACUUUCAGACGGUGGCAUUGGUAGCUGAUGAAGUGAUAAAAUUAGAAAUGUUUCCUGAAGUUGUGGAUUACAAAACUUGCCGGGAUGAGAUGCUUCAAAGAGUCAUAAAACCAGGAGGUCUGCUGCAAAGAGAGCUCAACAACAAUAUAGAUUUUAGGUCGAUGUGGAAAGCUAAUGCAACAUGUGAGAUGAAGAUUCCAGGUGGAACACAAGAGCACAUGGCUGCAUUGAAGAGUUAUGCAGAUGCUAAUAGAAAAUUUCAUAAAUCUUUCAACACACAACUUUAUAACAAGGGCACGAACAUCACAAUGUACCGAGAUCAGUUUUCCUUCAAAUCUCUUCACUUCCUACUGACAGAUGGCAUGCAACUUUUAAGAAAAGAAAACAUGCCAUGUCGUAAUGUGUAUUCGGGCACAGAGAAAAAGUACAAUAUAGCAGUUAAAGAUUUAAUCAGAUUUGGGAGUUUUUUUCCAGCACAUCUGUCGUUUAAUGUUGCAUUUGAGGAUGCAGUAGACAGCGAUGGGACCAUUUUUAACAUCACUUCUUGUACUGUGAUCAACCUUGAUGAAACUUGGUGUAAGUCAGAGGAAAUCGAUCUGCUAAUAUCCCCCAAUGAAGCUUUCGAGGUUGAGGACAUCAGGAAAGUUGGCCCUAAAGAUGAAAAAAUGACAAUGGUCAUCUUAAAGCCAUCUGCUUUUCCCAGCUCUUUCGACUGUAGCUACCUGUUCAGCUCGUCCACAUCUGAUGAAUCCUCUUCUAAUUUGCUGAGUUCCAGAUUAAUGAACGUGAUGACUCCCUUUUUGAUGGUGUGCAUGCUGUAUACACACUGACUUUGUAAUAUAUAAAUAAUUCUGUAUUGUCUUCAAAAUGCCUAAACUCAUAAAAAUUAAAAGCAUCAUUCAUUUUCCUUAAAAAAAUACCAUGUUUUU